CAAAUCUUUAUGCAUUGACCGAAUUGGCCUACGAACCACUAAUAAUCAAUUUGCGUAGCAUCUGCGAGAAACUUCAUGUACAAAUGCUUGCAUGACUAUGUCACUGCUACAAUUAAGCUUCAAAAUCACUGCGACCGGGCCGACAUCUUGGAUAUUGAAUCCUACCUUGCCAUUCGCAUGAAUACUUCGGGUGUAUACCCAACCAUGUCUUUAUACUUAUUCACCUUCCCCUCCGAUCCACCUACCUGGUUUUUCUCCCACGAACUGGUCAAAGAAGCCUUCCUUCAGAUAAACAGAAUAGUGUCGACGUACAACGACAUCGUUUCAGCCCAUCAGGAAAUAAAAUCCGGGCAUGUUGACAACAUAAUCCCGUUGCUUAUAUACCAAAAGGGACUGACCGCACAAGAAGCUGUCGAUGAAGCUAUCGAGAUUAUCAAAGUCUCAUACGUGACUUUUUUGUCCCUUGAAACAAAGCUUACUAGUCUCGGCCAAGAGCGUGGGAUUACUAGGGAAGUUGAGGAUUUCCUUCAAGCUUGUAUCAACCUAUGCAUGGGUGCUCUCCAAUGGACAUAUCAUAUCAAAAGAUAUUUUAAUUACAAGCCAGGAAAGGGAGAUGGAGCUAUCACUGUUAUACUUGGACACUCUAGCCAAGCUUCUCCAGGCACAGAAACUGGUUGUAUUAGUAGAUUUAGAUCCCUUUUCGACGAUAUUGGUCAGGUCGUCGCCCAGAGACUUCAACAUAUAUGUUCUUCUCUUGUUUAUAAUAGUUAGUUCCAUUGCUUGCAGGAAUCUUACUGAAAGCCACCUGAAGAUGACUUAAUUUUGUUCAAGGCCAAUACAUCAGAUGGAUGCCGCAUGGCUGUCU